AUGAAGGACAGAGUGAAGAAUUUUAUUAAGGAUUUAUAAAUUAAUAUAAAUAAUAAUUUGGGGGAACUGAUGAUAUAAUAUAUAUUGAUAGGAAUAAGAACAUAAUUAAGAAUUUUGAAGUUGAUAUUUCAAAAUCUCAAAAAUUCAAUUUAGAAUUAUGAUUAAAUAAAGGAAAAAAAGUGUUAAUUUAUUAAGGAUCUAGAGACAUCAUUUGUAACACUCCAUCUGUGAAUUAUAUAAUAUAUAUUUGAAUGGAAAAAAUAGCCUAAAAAGAUAUUUACAUCUAAACGCGAAGGAUAUGAAUAGAAUGAAACAGCAGAAACAAUAAGUUAUUAUAAAAACUUUUAUUUUGCUAUAUUAUACAAUGCUGGGCACUUUGUUCAUAAUGAUUUACCAAUAGCUACUUUAAAAAUGGUAACCCAUUUCCUAAACGAUGAUUAAAAUUUGAAUUGA